UACGUUUUCUCACUGAAGGACACAAGAGCUGGGAUGUGUGGAGGGCAGGUGUGUAGAUGUGUGGGUGGGCGAGAGGGUGUCAGUAACGGCCCCUAUUGGCUGAGAGCCCUGUGAGGAUGACCAGCUUGGAGUUAAUAGUGGUCUCGUCCACCAGUCAGAGCUCUCUUUUUGCUGUCUUUGCAGCGAUGAUAAUUUUUUUUAUUUGCGUGUGGGCCUCAGACCACCCUGUCACUGGAAGUAAUAAAUGCAAACCAUGAGCUCCGCUCAUUACAAGAAUUAUUCCUGCGCCAACAAUAAUUUCUUCGCCAUGAUCGCACCAGCCACCGGCCCAGCGCGUGUCGCCUGGGCGAGACAGAAAGCCGCGGCUUGGGAGCGACGCCAAGUGCAGCGGAGGAAAGCAAAGCAAUCAAAUGAAAUGCAGAAAAUGAAUUUAACUCAUGAGUAUGACGCAAAGCAAAACAAUGACGACGCGAAACAGGACGGGGAUGUGCUUGGGAAGGGGUUCUUUGGAACGGUGCGGCGCACCGUGUACGAAGGCCAGGACGCCGUGGUGAAGGUGCCUCGCAUGGCAGACUUCCAUGCGCCCUAUUUCCUCCACGAGGCACAAGUGUUGCGUCACCUUGCGGGCGCUGGCGGAGCGCCGCGCCUGCUGCACCUGGGGCCGCCUGAGGACCCCAGGAUUGUGAUGACUAACAGCGGUGCGACGACCCUGCGGGACCUGCUGGAGGACAAGGUGCUGGACGAGCGGGACGUGGUGCAAACAGUGCUGGGCGUGGCAUUGAGGCUGAAGGAGGUGCACGCCAAGGACGUGGUGCACAACGAUCUCAAAGCAGAGAAUGUGAUGGUGGGAACCGUCCUCUGCCAGGGCGGCCUGCGUGAGGUCAGCCUGGUUGACUUUGGUAUUGGGGCGUUCGUGGGAGAGCAGGCGCGGCCCAGGUUUGCCUUGCAUGAAAUGUAUGGCACCUGUGACGCCAUGCUCGUGAAAGGUGACCCCGCCAACGACGUGCUGGGCCUCGGCAACCUGCUGCGGGGGGCGCUGGACGAGGCGUGCCAGCAGGGGAGCGAGGGGGCCCUUGGCGGUUGCCUCGGCCCCCUGCUGGAGGCCAUGACGCGCCAAUGUCCCUCACAGCGGCCAGGCCUCGCCCAGGUCAUUCUGGUUCUACAGCACCACCUCGCCCACCACUCAGUGACCCGCCCGCCAGCCCCGUGAAGGACGUAGCCUGAAAAAAAAAAAUAAAUAAAUAAAGAAAGAA